UUCCGCGAUCGCCAGACUUCUAUUAGUUUCGCGCCAAAAGUUACUUUGGAAACGGGCAAACACAUUCCCAUCGACGCGCCGCUCCCUAAGAUGAAAGGCCAUGAUGAGAGCUCCGUGGUGCAUCAUCGGACCCAUAGCGAGUCCGACAAGAUGCAUUACGAUCCUCACACGGGGGAGCCGCUAAGCCAGCGGCGACGACCCGAUCUGGCCUGGCGCGCAGGCAUUUCGCGGCAUCCUCUCUUGCAGCAUACGGUGGAUUCGCUGGCACACGAGGCUGAAGUGGAGGAGAGCGACAGAGUCGCCUCACUAACGUCAGCCACCACCGCAUCUUCUGGCUUGGACGGCUCUACAACUCCUAUAGACUAUCUUCAGUCGCCGCUCGCCGCGUCCUCUCCUAGCGAAUUUCCUUUCAACGGCAGCGCGGCUGGAUCACGCCGCGCCAGCAGCGUCAGGUCGAAAAACUUCUUUGGAAGCCAAAACAGUAGCAGGAGGAACACUCGCCGAACAUCGAACAGGUCUCGUUCAAACUCAUCCAUGUCCCCUGCGAGCGCUUUUCUGUCGCAAUGGGGCAAGGAUGAAGCGACUUCUUUGAUUGAGCCCGAUGACGAAGGCCAAGAAAUCCCCGACCACAGCGGGUACUUCAUCGGCAAGCAAAUCGGCUUUGGCGGAUUCAGUGUUGUGAAAGAAGUUUCAACCAUCGACAAUGGUAGGAAAAUCAUUCGCGCUGUCAAGAUCGUGCGCAAGCAAGUUUCCGGCAAAGACGAAACUGAGAACGACAAGCUCCAAGCCGAGUUUGAGCAUGAAGUCGAGAUUUGGAGAUAUCUCAAACAUCCGUAUAUUCUGCCCCUACUUGCUGUCUACGACACCCCAUUUGCCACAUUCUGCAUAACUCAGCUCAAUACAGGCGGCACGCUCUUCGACAUGGUCCGCACGAACCGCCAAGCGGGCAAACGUCUCGAGCCUCACCUGGCAAAGCGCUAUCUGUACCAACUCGCGUCGGCUCUCCGCUACCUGCACGAGGAUGUGCACGCCGUGCACCGGGAUGUCAAGCUCGAAAACUGCCUCAUUGACAUGUCUGGCCCCGACGCUGCAACCCAGGGUGGUAACGUACUACUCUGCGACUUCGGCAUGGCGGACUUCAUCACGAACGAGAACCGCACAACGCCGUCGCCACCCCCAGAGGCUGCCGACGAGAACAUCGGGCCCUGCGACACCAGCACCUGCGUCGCCGGCAGCAUGGAGUACGCGGCGCCGGAGCUUCUGGCAUCCAAAUCGCACAUCUACAGCACGGCGGUAGACAUGUGGGCGUUUGGCGUGGUUGCGUACACGCUGCUCACUGGCAAUCGGCCCUUCAGCCACAGCUUCCAACCAGCGCUGGUCAUGCUCAUCGUCAAGGGCGAAUGGGAUGAGCAGGCGCUGAGGGAAGCGUGCGCGGACGAUGAGGCUGUCGAGCUUGUCCGGAACUGUUUGGAGAAGGAUUCGCACUUGAGAUGGGACGUCUCUGAUGUUCUGGACAGCAGCUACCUGGAGGGCUGCAGUGCCAUGUACGAGGACAUGGAACGGUCCUGGCUG